AAUAACAGUAAAUUCACGCGGAACCAUUCUACGCCGGGUGCCUGCGCGUAGUCGGACACGUUUCUCCGACACACGGUCGAAGACGCAGCGUUUGAAAUGGCUGUUACUCUGCACACGGACUUGGGAGAAGUGAAGAUCGAGCUGUUCUGUGAGCGAACACCGAGAGCGUGUGAGAACUUCCUUGCUUUGUGCGCCGGUGGCUUCUACAGUGGUUGCGUCUUCCACAGAAAUAUCAAAGGCUUCAUGGUUCAGACUGGAGAUCCCACAGGCACGGGUAAAGGAGGAACAAGUAUAUGGGGUCGCAAAUUCGAAGACGAGUACAGUGAGCACUUAAAACAUAAUGUGAGAGGGGUUGUCUCAAUGGCGAACAAUGGCCCAAACACGAAUGGAUCCCAGUUUUUCUUCACAUACGCCAAACAACCACAUCUGGACAUGAAGUACACAGUCUUUGGAAAGAUCAUCGACGGCCUGGAGACGCUGGAUGAGCUGGAGAAGCUGCCCGUCAACGAAAAGACGUUUCGACCGCUGACUGAAACGCGGAUAAAGGAUGUGACCAUUCACGCCAACCCCUUUGCUGGAUAACCCACCUGGACUUCAAUACACCGACAGGCUUUUAACACAGUCAUGGACUCAGAUAUUUUCCAAUAAACAAAGUGUUACAGUGUGUGGUACCUGGCCAAAGUUAAAUUGAAUAGUUUGUGUUUAUGCGACAGAUUGAAUCAAUAAGUGAACGACUGAGGCUGUAAUCAUUUUUUUAUUUUGUUCGAUUUUGACAUGUUUUAACCGAAUCUGUUGUUGUAAAUUUUAAGAAAUGCUUAUUUUCCUUUAAACCGAUUUCAGUAUCUCAGCAUUUCUAAUGGAAAUUAUACUUUACGUGGUUAUUUCCAUGUCUUCACAAACAUUUACACCAUAACAAUAAAACACUUUUUUUUUCUUUAUACGACACUGCUGUUUCUUUUAAUUGUAAAUUUGUUUACAAAAUAAAGCUUUUGUAUUUGUUUA